AUGAUUUGCACCUCGACACCUCGAUCUAACACUACAUCAUCAGUCGGCCAACGUCAAUAUCAGGUCGAUGAGAAUUCGGGCAAGAAAUUCCCCAUGGCAUCGACAGAUACAUGUGACGACGGCGGGUUUGGCCCUGUCCUCGGUACGAUGGGUUGUCGCGGAGGCUUCGAUUUUACACUCGUCUUUGAGGCAAGUGCUUUGACCAUCAUUCCAGCUGCUUUUUUCCUACUAUUAGCGCCUAUUCGAAUUUUCCAGCUAUCAAGACAGUCUCCCAAGGUACAUUCAUCUGCUAUCCGAAUAGCGAUCCUAGUCCUCACUGUAUGCUUGGCCGCGAUUCAGAUCGUACUUCUAGCGCUUGUCGCGACACAGCAGCCCGAUAGAAGGCUAUUGUCACUUGCGGGUGCCAUCCUAGAAGUCUUCGACAUGCUAUGCCUAGUAAUCCUAGUUGAUUUGGAGUACGUCCGAUCCAUCCGGCCAUCAUUCUUGGUAUCGGCUUAUCUCUUCGUCACGCUUCUUCUAGACGUUGCGCGUGUGCGCACGGCCUGGCUGUUACCAAACUGCCUAACAUACUCGAUCUGCCUUUCCUUGUCCCUCGCCAUCAAGCUACUUUUAAUAUGCAUGGAGAAUGUUGAGAAGCGAAAAUGGCUGGUACCGAGCGAGAAAACCAAAUCGGAUGAGAGUUUGAGCGGGCCAUUUAGCCGAGGUUUGUUCGUCUGGUUAAACGGUCUGCUAUGGACAGGAUACUCGGAGCUGCUGACGGGGGAGACACUGCCUUCUAUUAAUGAGAAACUUUGCUCCCACAGCUUGUAUACUCGGUUUACAGACUCUUAG